AUGCUUGGCUUUACGCCUGUGGAGGCGGGCUGCGGCCGAGGCAGCACCGAGGCUUUUGAGGAGCUGCUUUCGCAAACAUCCGGCAGCAUUGAUAUCUCUCGAUGCUUGUAUCUUGCUAUGGUUUGUGGUGGCGGCAAACCUGAGUUGGUACAUCGGCUCGUUGAGGAGCAAGCUGACGUAAAUUAUCAGUACAAGAUCCGCUACUUCGGCAUCAAUGGCGUUUACUGCGCAUACAACGCCGCCUUGUAUCGAUCCGGGAAGAAGACCAUCGGGACGACGGCAGGAUAUCAUGGACACGGACAGACACCCCUUAUGGCGGCAGUGAUGACAGGGCAAUACGAGGGCGCAGCAGCGCUCCUAUCCGCCGGGGCUCGGUUGGACCUUCGCAACUAUCGCAACUGGACAGCCGCAGACUUCGCGCGGGGAGAUUCGCUGCCGCGGUUUCUGUCGGAGGCACUUGAAGGGCAGACGGCCGAGGCUGAGCGAAUCACGGCCGAUGCCGUGGCUAGCAGUUUUUUUCAAAUCUAG